AUGGCGCGCGGUCUCCUCGAGGUGCAUCUGGUCCACGCCAAGGACCUCUCCGGCAGCGAUUCCCUCGGGAAGAUCGAUCCGUAUGUGGUGGUGCAGUAUCGGAGCCAGGAGCGCAAGAGCAGCACCGCCCGAGGCCAGUCCCUGCUUCCCUUCCACACAGCUCUGUUUUCUUGGUUCCUCUUCCUCGUCUCUACCCUGCUCCACGAAAGUAUAUUUUUGCUGAACGAAACAGUCGCGUUCUGUAAUGCAGAUGCGGGGAGGAACCCGAGCUGGAACGAGGUGUUGAGAUUCCAGAUCAACUCCUCCGCGGCCAACGUGCAGGAUAAGCUCGUCCUCCGGAUCAUGGACCACGACAACUUCUCAAGCGACGACUUCCUCGGCCAAGCAACGAUCAAUGUGACCGACCUGAUCAGCAUGGGCAUGGAGAGCGGCAAGUCGCGGCUGAACCCGGCCAAGUACAGGGUGGUCACCGCGGACAACUCGUACCACGGCGAGAUCAAGAUCGGCAUCACCUUCACCGCCGCAAAGGUUGAUGCCCAUUCCCAGGUUGAACAAGACGGAGCACAUGUUGGAGGCUGGAUGCAGACCUUUCGUGAGCAGAAGGUCUGA